GAUAUUCUUUAUAUUACCUUAUUUCCACAUCUUAUGACUUAUCCUUCAACUAUUUCCUUUCUGACAUCUAAACACCAAUAGUUAUUGCACCAUGAUUCAGCUAUCAACUUUCCUUCAAAACCUGAACUUGAAGGAUUGGUACAGUGACACCACAAACCUGAUCAUAGCAACCUUAGCCAUUUCAGCCAUCACUUGGUACACAUGGCUCUUCUUCCUCAAACCCAAAGCCCAGACCCCACCACUGCCACCAGGCCCACCGGGCCUCCCCAUCUUCGGAAACCUUCUCUCCCUCGACCCGGAACUUCACACUUACUUCGCCGGGUUAGCCCGUACCCAUGGCCCCAUUUUCAAGCUCUGGCUUGGGAGCAAGCUUGGAAUCGUCGUCACCUCACCUUCCAUGGCGCGUCACGUGCUCAAGGACCACGACACCGUCUUCGCCAACCGUGAUGUCCCCGCCGCCGGGAGAGCGGCAACCUACGGCGGCGCCGACAUCGUGUGGAACCCGUACGGACCAGAGUGGCGGAUGCUGAGGAAAGUUUGCGUGCUCAAGAUGCUCAGCAACACCACGCUGGACUCCGUGUACGAUCUCCGCCGCAACGAGGUUCGGAAGACGGUCGGGUACCUGCGGAGCCGGGCCGGGUCGCCGGUGAACGUGGGGGAGCAGGUAUUUCUGACGGUGCUGAACGUGAUUACGAACAUGAUGUGGGGAGGGUCGGUGGAAGGGGCGGAGAGGGAGACCUUGGGGGCGGAGUUCAGGGAGGCGGUGGCGGAUAUGACGGCUCUUCUCGGGAAACCGAACUUGUCGGAUUUCUUUCCCGGGUUGGCCCGGUUUGAUUUGCAAGGAGUGGAGAAACAGAUGCAUAAGGUGGUGCCGCGUUUUGAUAGAAUAUUUGAGAAGAUGAUCGGUGAACGGGUGAAGAUGGAGUCGGAGGGGAAGAGGAGUGAAAGCAAGGAUUUUCUGCAGUUUUUGUUGAAUUUGAAGGAAGAGGGUGAUUCCAAGACCCCACUUUCCAUCACCCAUGUUAAGGCCCUUCUCAUGGACAUGCUUGUAGGUGGAAGUGACACAUCCUCCAACACAGUUGAGUUUGCGAUGGCGGAAAUGAUGCAGAAGCCAGAGGUAAUGAAGAGAGUUCAAGAAGAAUUAGAAGGUGUAGUUGGGAGAGAUAACAUGGUAGAAGAGUCUCAUAUUCAUAAGCUUCCCUAUUUGUUGGCUGUGAUGAAGGAAACUCUUCGGUUGCACCCUGUGCUUCCACUUUUAGUUCCACACUGCCCAAGUGAAACCACUUCUGCAGGAGGCUACACGAUCCCAAAGGGUUCUAGGGUGUUUGUGAAUGUGUGGGCUAUUCAUAGGGACCCUUCCAUUUGGGAGAACCCUCUAGAAUUUGAUCCUACAAGGUUUUUGGAUGCUAAAUGGGAUUUUAGUGGGAAUGACUUUAAUUACUUUCCCUUUGGGUCUGGAAGAAGAAUUUGUGCAGGAAUUGCUAUGGCAGAGAGGUCCGUUUUGUACUUUCUAGCAACACUAGUGCACUUGUUUGAUUGGACAGUACCAGAAGGAGAAAAGUUAGAUGUGUCUGAAAAAUUUGGUAUUGUUCUAAAAAAGGAAACACCUCUGGUUGCCAUCCCCACCCCUCGACUUUCCAAUCAUGAUCUUUAUAAAUAGAAUUGAAUGUAAUAUUCAUACACCAAUCAAGGGAAUCUGUAUUCUACACUGAAGAUUAUAAUCGUUUGUAGUUUGUGUAUCAAAGUUUUUUUCCAACA